CCUCGAGCUUCUUCCUUUGCUCGCUGCCUCUCGCCCCACGUCGCUGCUGCCGUUCGUCUCGUGUGCGCUCGUCCAUCUCUCGCCAGUGUCGUCCUCGCUACUCGCUCACCCAACCCGGACUCUCCCUUGCGCUUCGUGCGCUCACACGGAUCCUCGCCGGCUGCGCUUCUCGCAGCUCACCUUGCUCGCCGGAGCACCAUGGCCGCGGCAAAGAGCGCGCGUGCCCGUGGGCGCCGCAGCUCGGCCGCCGCCGCAGCGUCCGCCGUGGUGCCAGCUCCAGCCGCGGCACGCAAGCCGCCAAGCGCACGCCCAGGCAAGCUGCGCUCCGGCAAGCUCGGCGCCACGCAGAAGGAGAUGCAGGCCGACUGGCUGCUCGACCGGCAGAUCGACCUGCCGCUCUACGGCAUCGCCUCGCUGCUCAUCAUGCAUGCGCUCUCGGGCACGUCGUCGCUAUCGCUGGCGCACCUGACGACGCACCUGCCGCACUCGCUGCAGGUGCUCAUCCCCGCGUGGGCGCGGCACCUGCCGUCGCUGGCGCCGUUUGCCAGCGACGUGCCCAACGCCUCGCACAACUCCAAGAUGCGCGCCGGCGGCGCGGCCGGGCUCAACUCCAUCUGGGAGGCCACGACGGGCGCGGCGGGCCCGUUCCGCAGCGACGCCGCCGGCUUUGGACACCCGCUCAGCGCGCUGCACUCCUUCACGCGCGCCUGUCUGGGCCUCUCGUACGCCGUGCCAGACGCGCGCAAGUCGCCCGUCUCGGCGGCGGCACACGCGGCCGGCCUGCCGCUGCCGCAGUCGCACCGCAGCGCCAACUCGGAGCCGUGGGCGUGGCUGGUGGGCGGGCCGGGCGUCAUGUACGACAAGGGCAUCAAGGAUGCGCUCUUUGUGCUGACGGGCAUCCUCGUCUUCACGACGCUGCGUGCCGCCACAAUCAAGCACGUCCUCGCGCCGCUGGGCGAGCACGUCACCUGCCCGCCCGACGCGCCCGCAAGCGCCGGCUCGGGCGCUCGCGCCGUGCAGAAGCGCAAGGAGAAGGCGGCGCGCCAGAAGCGUGCCACGGUGCAGCGCUUUGCCGAGCAGGGGUGGAACGUCAUCUACUAUAGUGCCAGCCUGUCGUUUGGCCUGUACCUGGCGUACAACUCUUCCUACUGGCUCAACACCAAGGGCAUCUGGGAAGACUGGCCAGUGCGGCAGCUCGACCGCUGGACGAAGUUCUACUACCUCGCGCAGUGCGCCUUCUGGUUCCAGCAGCUCUUCGUUCUCAACGUCGAGGCGCGGCGCAAGGACCACCUGCAGAUGUUCAGCCACCACAUCAUCACCAUCCUGCUCAUGCUCGGCUCGUACUGCUCGCACUUUACGCGCGUCGGCAAUGCCGUGCUGGUGCUCAUGGAUCCGAGCGACAUUAUGCUCUCGGGCGCAAAGUGCCUGCGCUACAUGGGCUUCACGACGGGCUGCGACGUGGCAUUUGGCCUCUUCAUGCUCUCGUGGAUCGUCACGCGCCAAGUGCUCUACCCGAUGCUCAUCUGGUCGUGCAUCGAGCCGGCGAACCGCAUGCAGCCCGGCCUGCUCUCGCGCCUCGACUUCGACCCGCCGUUCCUGGGCUUCCGCGAUCCGGUGCGCGGCAGCCUCGUGUAUCUGCUCAUUGCGCUGCAGGGCAUCCUGCUCGUCUGGUUCGGCAUGAUUGUGCGCGUCGCAUGGCGCGUCGUCUCGGGCAACGGCGCCGAAGACACGCGCAGCGACGCCGAGGAGGAGGAGGAGGAGGAGAGCGAGGGCCAGGAGAAGAGUGCGGCAGGCGCGUCGACACAACAGGCUGUCCCCUCGCGGCCACUGCUGGCGCAGAGCGAUGCGGCACAGCCAAGGAUACCCGAAGCCUCGUCUUCAGCGCGGCCCAGCAGCUCGCAAGGACGUCGGCGCGCACGGUGAUGCGCAAUGCCCGCCGUCGCUUCGCAUCUCAUUGCUCCUGGCCACACCCGCAUCCUCGCGCCCUGCUGCCCGUGCCCUGAACCCACUCCUUUCAUGCUAUAUUGACGAUUCUUUCAAUCAUUGCGCUUCUGACUGCCACAUGCACUCUCCUUUGAGCAGUCGCGACUUAUCGGGCGGAUGGUACCUGCGCCGGCUCAGCAGCCGGACCUAGCACUCCCGCAGGGCCAAGGCCCACUGCGACCUCAUGGCCGCCUCGCAAG